GUCGAAGAGCCAGCUGACCUAAUGCUGUUCUUUAUUUUUAUAUUGGGAUCUCCGACGGAGGCGUGGCUCAAUGUUGGCCGCCUCGCGGUGAAACUAAAAAACUAUCGAAAGAGAGUCGAAGAGCCAGCUGACCUAAUGUUGUUCUUUAUUUUUAUAUGGUGAAAUAGUUACUUGAAUCGGUUCAAAAUGAGAGUUAGCACGCAAGAAAUUUGUAGAUUUGCUGAUACAAAUCCCAGAGCUAAGAGUUUCCGUGGUGGAGAAGAUCUGCUUAAUGCAGAUUUCAUAAUUCAAUGUGGACAAGUGGAAAAUAACUCCAGUGACUGUGAAAGCUAUAAAAUUCUCGCUUUUUGUCUACAAACUUCUCAAUUAAAAAGUAAUCCACAUGAGAUAACUGGUGAAAUACUUAAAGAUGGAAGAAUUAUUGGUAUGGAAUGUUCCUGUAAAGCUGGGCUGAGUGGUGUUUGCAAGCAUGUCGUAGCAGUGCUAUUGUAUUGUAGUAGGAAUGAUCUGGAGAGUUUAAAAACUAUCACCUGCACUGACAAAAAAUGCGUUUGGAAUGCACCCCACGCAUCCUCAUUGGCAAAAUAUGAACCUAGGCCGUUCAAUGAACAUGAAUGUAUGUUUAAACGAAGAGAAAAAGAUCUGCAAGCUCAAAACCGACGAAAAACCAGAGUAGAUAAUGAACCUAAUGUUGUCGAAGGAGGAAAAUCAGAGUUGUCAACGAGCCAAGAGGAUUUGUUGAGAACAAUCAUGGCGAGGAAGCUUCCCAAGUCAGCAUUGCCACUACACAUGUGUGGGAGGCAUGAAACUUUUGAGGCGAUUAAUAGUAAUGAAUCAAUAAUUGAUCCUUCAACAAUUCAAGCUAUAUUCAACAAUCAACAGGCAUCGCAAUUUCUACAUGAUCUGAAGAAAUUGGAGAUUGAUCCUCUGAGAGAAUGUUGCACAAAAUUUAUUUGUCGACUUGAGAAGAAUGUCUACGCGAUUUGUGUUGAAAGCAAGCAAUAUUAUUCAGUGUGGCUAGAGGAACGACAAUUUCGAAUAACUGGGAGUGUUGCGUAUAGCAUAUUCACAUAUCGAAAUAAUAAGAAUCCAGAUUGGAAGAAAAAAGCAAUAAAUUAUUUCUAUCCUAAAUCAUUCCAUAAUUGCUACAUAAAGCACGGCUUAGACAAUGAAAUUGUGGCACGCGAAGCUUAUGAAAAAACAAUUCUACCACUAAAAAUUGUAGAAACUGGUUUGAUUGUUUCAUGUGAGAACUCAUGGCUUGGGUAUUCCCCCGAUGGGAUUAUUUUUGAUGAGAAUAAGCCGGUUAAAUUGAUUGAAAUCAAAUGUCCUUAUUCUGGUAAAAAGAAUAAAUUAAGUGAAGUGAUUAACUCUAUCAAAUGGUUAGUCAAAAAGGCGACAAAUUUACCCUGAAAGAGUCUCAUACAUACUUUGCACAAGUACAAAUAGGUAUGGCUGUGUUGAAUUUGCCGGUGACGGAAUUCAUCAUUUAUACUCCAUUUGAUGAUGCUUUCAUUUCAUUUCCUAUCAAAUUUCAACCUGAAUAUACCACAAAGCUGCUGUAUUCUUUAAAAAACUCUAUUUUGAUAAAAUGAUUCAUUAUGCAUGUCACAAAGAAAGUACAAACAGAGACAAAGAAUGACGACCUUAAAGAUUUUGUUUAUGAUGGUCAGCUUUAUGUAAACCUACCUGUUGAUACAGUAAUUCUUUACCAAAAAAAUCAUUUGCAAUAUAAAUUAAUAAAAUAUG